AUGAACAUGUAUGAGGGACCAGGAGGAUGCUCUGUGUUCCGCACGUUCCAAAGCUGGCUUGGGCUGUCUCGACAUGGACCUAGCGAAGGAACUCUCGUCGUUCAUCCCAUCUUGCAGCCAUCUACGGCCUACUGGAUGCUCCGUCCGUUCUUCAAGCCCACUCAAAAGGGUUCACUCAAUGGAUGGAAGUUCUCACUCGACGAUGACGAUGGAAAUGUCUUCCUUCAUGGGGCGAACCCUGGAACUUCGCAGGAACAUAACCCUGACCAUCACCCUCAUCUACUGUUGAGUGAAACCAUGAUACCUUAUCCAACUGUGGAGCCCGGUGACACUGUGUUCUGGAGUGCCGACACUAUACACGGCACAGAGAGCGAAAACACAGGAAACGUCGACGCUUGCGUCUUCUACAUUCCAUCUGUCCCGCUGACAGCUAGCAACGCGGUAAGAUGCUUGAGCCUUGUUCGGGGAGAACUUCUAGCUAAUUUCGUGUAG